AUGCUUUUCCCACCUACAGACUUUAACACCAGCAAUUUCCACAUGAGUACCAAAAAGGUGAAGCAAGAAAAUCUGCAGCUAGCCCGGGCAGCCCUGGCUGCUGCCCGCAGCCUUCCCCCGGGUGCUCAGCGCCGUGCUCGCAGUUCCAUACUGAAGUCCCGAAACAAGACAGUAUUUCAGGGGGUGGGAAAAGAAGUAAAAAAAGAGUCCAUUCCUUGUACCUGUCCCCUCGGACAAAAGCCCCAUCAGGGAGAAAAUGAAGAGGGCAGGGGCCGUGUAGCCAGGAGCACGAAGCCGCCCCCCGAGAGAGGCUCGGCCGGGCGGGAGUCGCCGGCUCGGGGGGCCGGGCUCGGGGAUGCCUUCGGCGGCAGCGCGGAGGUGCGGGGCGGCCGGCGCGCCGGUCUCCCGGUGCGGGCGGCGCUGGCCCCGGCCCUCCCCCGUCUGCGGCACCCUGGGACGGGGCUGACGUCAGGAGGAGACGGGGAAAUCUCCCAAGAAAACCCUGGAGCGGCGGCCGGGGCGCGCACAGCGCCCGCCGGGCCCGGCACCCCGCAGCGCCCGGUGAGUUCCCCACGCGCGUCCCCGGCCCGCCCCACGCGUGUCCCGAGUACAUCCCGCUCCCGGCCCGCCCCACGCGUGCAUCCCUCUCCCCGGCCCUCCCCACGCGUGCAUCCCGCUCCCGGCCCGCCCCACGCGUGCAUCCCGCUCCCGGCCUGCCCCACGCGUGUCCCGCCCGUCCCGCCCGCCCGGCCGCGUGUCCCGGCCCGCCCCACGCGUGCAUCCCGCUCCCUCCCGGGCCGCCCCGCGCCGCCAGUGCCGCGCCCGGAGCCGUCCUGCCCGGCUCCCGCGGAGCCGUCCUGCCCCCAGCCCCGCUCGCCUCCUCGGGGUCUCCGCGGGGCCGCGGGCGCGGCCGGGGGUGCGGAGCGCUGCGGGGCUGCGAGACAAAGCCGAGCCGGGCCGUGCGGAGCGCCCCUGCCCGCGGCCUCGCCUCCCGCCCCGCGCUCCGCGCUCCGCUCUCCGCGCAGUCCUUGA